CAUGAGACGAGGAGCUCAGACGUCGCGCGCUCGGCGUAUCGCGCGGAAGGGCUUCAUGACAACAUUUACGAAACAAUUCGGCUCGUUGUCUUGUUAUCAAAAUAAUAAACACAAAAUACAAGUGCUCAAAUACUAGUCCAUUUUAACUAUAACUGUACUAAAAAUGUCGUGUUACUGUGAGUGAACUGACAAGUGUUACAUUGUAUUUAUUGUUGUGUUGUUACAAACCGGUAAUUUACAUUUAAAUUGAAAUAUCUGAAUCAAUUUAAGCUGAUGAAACCAGUGUUGUAUCACAGUGGGAUAAGUUAUUUCCCUAUCAACAGUUCAACACUUGGUAUUGGCUAUUUUAACCAUCAACAUUUUGUACCUGUGAUAUCUGAGCAGCUAUUGGCCACGUUGCACAGUUGUUGCAGUUUUGGCAAAGUGGACUUUGCCUGUACUUGACAUUUUCCUUCAUAGAAAGCCAUAAAAAAGUGAAAAUGAGUGUUGUAGUCAAGACAGGCAGUAUGUUUGAUAAAGAGGUUGGUUGAGGAGAUGUUGGUGCGGGGGUGCGCGGGGGGUGAGCUACGGCACUCGUUGGCGGAGCGCACUAAGGCGCUGGCUGCGCGGUGUCACGCGCUGAGGUCGCCGGCGCGCGCCGACCAGCGCAGCGCUGAGCGUCGCCGCCCCAGGCACCGCAAGUCGCAAACGCGAUGGUAUGUCAAGCAGCCGACAUGGCGGCUGUGGGGCGAGGAGCGCGUGGACGGCGCCAUCUACACCGUGUAUCUUAAGAAGGUGCGUUACCAUCGGCCCACGCGCAGCGCUUCCAGUGAGUCCGAUGACGAGAUAUCCCACUUGGAGUGGGAGACGGUGCGCGUUCGCUUCGUGAAGGCCGGCACUGUGGAGAGGCUGGUGGAGGCGCUGGCCACCGAUGAUGGCGAGCUCGAGUCCACUUAUGUCAACGUGUUCCUCGCUACAUACCGUUCUUUCGCGGAGUGCGGUCGAGUGCUGGACCUCCUGUUGCGGCGAUACCAAGCGCUGGCAGAAGAGGAGGUGCUCCCGGCCGCAGUUGACACCUCACAACAACACCGGAGGACUCUAGUGGCGUGUCUCCACGUAUGGCUGGACACAUACCCAGAGGACUUCCGGCAGCCUCCCCACCACCCUGCUCUGCAGCAGCUACUCGCCUUCACGCAGCUUCACUUGCCCGGCUCCGAGCUACACUCGAAGGUGUUACAGAAGUUAGCGAUAUUCAGUGCGGAGCGCAAUGGGUGCAGCGGCGCGGGGUCUGGGGCGGGCGCGGGCGUGUGCCUGGCGCCGGGCAUGCGGCUGGCGGCGCACCACACCAGCAGCUACCGCCUGCCGCACGUGCCGCACCGGCACUUCGCCGAGCAGCUCACGCGCAUGGACAUGGAGUUGUUCAAAAAGCUCGUCCCACACCAGUGUCUCGGCGCUGUUUGGUCCCGCCGCGAUAAAGACAGGUCCCAUGACGCCGCCACGGUUUUGGCCACCGUUAACCAGUUCAAUGCGGUCUCUUUCCGCGUUAUCUCCACCGUCCUCGUCGAGCCCAACUUGCGGCCGGCCGAGCGCGCGGACGUCCUCGCCGCCUGGUUGGAUAUCGCUCGCGAGUUGAGAGUGCUCAAAAAUUUUUCCUCGUUGAAAGCGAUCAUUUCUGGGCUUCAAAGUAAUUCUGUUUAUAGAUUGCGAAAGACUUGGGCGAUCCUUCAGAAAGAAAAGGCAGAGUUGUUCGACGAGCUCGCCCGUAUUUUCAGUGAAGACAAUAACAGAUGGGCUCAGAGAGAGUUGUUAAUGCGCGAGGGUACGGCCAAAUUUGCUGACACCGUCGGUGAAAACGAUAGACAGCUGCAAAAACUACUCCAUGAGCGUGGCUCGCCUGGUGUGAGUCAUGGCACUAUUCCGUACCUGGGGACCUUUUUAACAGAUCUCACCAUGAUCGAUACCGCCAUUCCUGAUACUGUUGCGGACGGCCUCAUUAACUUUGAUAAGAGGCGGAAAGAAUUCGAGGUGCUCGCACAAAUAAAAUUACUACAAGGGGCCGCAAACGCCUACCACUUGCCACCCGAUCCGAUGUUCGAUCGAUGGUUCGAUUCCGUGAUCGUCCUCGACGACCGAGAGGCUUAUCAGCUCUCGUGCCAAAUAGAACCGCCGACGAACCCGCCUAAGGAGAGGCGACCGAAGAAAAUAAACGACUAUAGCAACGGCCAACAGGGACACAGAAAGAACGACUCGAUCGCCAGCACUAGCUCCAGCAAUAGUUCCCAAUUUUAUUGCGAGACGGACGGAGCGGGGCACGCGUGGAAGCGAGACAGUUUGGAGCGGAAGUCGUCGCCGACGAGGCUGUCGCACGGCUCGUCGUCGUCGUCGCUGCCGUCGCUGGACGUGUCGUUGUCGAGCGCCGCCAGUGGACAGAAGCCGGCCAACGGCAAGGCGCCGGCGGCCAGCCCGGCGCACGCGGGGCCGCGAUCAGGACCGGACUUCUACAUCAUCCGCGUGACGUACGAGUCGGAGUGCGCGGAGACGGAGGGCGUGGUGCUGUACAAGUCCAUCAUGCUGAGCAACAACGAACGCACGCCGCAGGUCAUCCGCAACGCCAUGCUCAAGCUCAACCUCGACGGCGACCCCGAUGGGUACACAUUGGCGCAAGUUUUACCAGAUAGAGAAAUGCUGCUUCCGGCGAAUGCUAACGUGUAUUACGCGGUGAAUACGGCGUACAACUUGAACUUCAUUCUGCGACCGCGGAAACCUCAGCAGAAUGAGAUUCCGAAUGGAAAAGCACGCGGCAAGCGACCGUGAUUGAAUACUACUGAUAAUACUACUUUCUAUAGGGUGCCAUCUAAGGUUGCCAUUCAAAUGAAAACCCUAAAAACUCAACGCGCUGAAGUCUGAGAAAAUUGUUUGCUCCAUGUUCAGAGCAUAUAUAAGAGCUAAUAUGAAGAGAACGAUAAAUAAAUGGGUGGCAUGGCACGACAUCAAUGUAUUUGUUUGCCGGCGUAUCGCUGGCGAACACUGAAAUGGAAGUAGUGGUGGUAACCCUAAUCCACUCGACUAAGCGUUGACGUAAACCUGUGAUCUUGUACAAAAUCUCAAGUUCCUUCGAAUAUUUAUUUGUGACUGUCCUUUGGUGUUCUUACGUCGAACUUCAUGAAGUCAGAGCGCGUCUUUAGCUUCAAGUUGAAACAACUUUUGAUGUAAUUUUGUAUUGUUUUUAGGUAAAUUUUACUGUUUAUAUGUAAAUGUGACAUAGUUUAUGUAUAUACUGUUAAUGUAAAUAAUAUGUUGUAGAUUAAAACUGAGCCAAAGGGAAGUUGUUGCGUCUAUUUGCAAGGUGCUGUCUCACGUGUCCUCGACAAUGUUGAAGCUUUAACAUGAACUCUUUGUAAAACCGAAUUUGAUUGUUAUGCAUUAUAUGUACGUGCUUAGUUUGGUUUAGAUUAAUGUGUAACUGUUAUGAAAAAGUAAAUAGUAUUGCUAGCAAUCGUACAACUUUAGUGGACUUUUUUCGAUCUAUAUUAUACCUACACUUUAAGAGUAGACUCGAUAUAUAAAGAAACUGGCGAGCAAAAUUAAAGUAGUUGUUCUAUGCAUGGUGUCAUUUGUAUUAACCGAUUUUUAGUUAUUUAUCGGAAUGCAGGUGAACUUUAGUGAAAUAAUUAGAAAUGACUGAGCAAACUGCACCAUUAUAACGAAAUGACUCCGCCACUCAUACUCAGUUAUAACAAUACAAAUUACCUUAUCUAAUCAAAACACUAAUAAUUUAAAAAAUAUUCUGUAAAAAAAUACAUUCUUUAUUUAAUGCCUAUUGAAAAAAAUUGUACUAUAUGAAUUGGACCAAGUGGAUUAAUGAGGAUAUAAUUAAAAAUGGCCGCGCACUUUUGAAUAUGGAUACGUCAUUUUGGGCGAAAUAAAUUAUUAAAAAUUGAAUCAAUCAUUUACGAAAUUUUUAAUUACAUUUAUUAGUUUUUCCGCGGUUUGUUUUAAAUAAGAAAAUACUAUAUUCAUUUUAUGGUAGUAACUAAGGUGCUAAGUUACAGGCAAAGCUUCUGUCGGAUAGAAAUAGCUUGGCGUCAAGAUUAGGUACCUCGAGUUUAGCAUCGUUCCGUAUUUGUCGCUGACUCGUCUACGACUAAUGUCUAGUUGAAUGAAUUAUUAUUAAUUUUGGCCCUCUCAUAUUGUGUAUUAGUCAAGCUACACGGGAAUUUUUGAGAGCAUCAAAUUAAUCACAUGGUCCAUGACUUAUACAACAUAGGCCGGUUCAUACACAGACUAUGUUAACGUGUCCUUUUUUGUAUGAAAAUGUGGCUGGCUGCGACGACUCGCGCGUUAUAUUUCCAUACGAAAGAAGUGAAUCCGCACGCGUUACUCAGUCCAUGUGCACCUAAAUGUUAUGAUAUAAAAAUAUGAAUAAUUACAUAUAUGUAUUUAUUUCGGUUUAAAAAAAGGUUUUUUCAGUUACAAAGUAAACUUUUUGUAUUUAUUUAUGAUAAGUUGAAUAAAAUACUUACUUUUCUAAAAUAUUUAUAUGUAUGUUACCUGCCCAGACGAUAUUAGACCUUAGUGUUUGUAAAUAUUUGUACCUAAUUUAUAUAUAAUUUUGUAGUUUUCCACCAAGAUCUAUGUAAUAAUGUUUAUAUUUAUGUAAUAAAACAUAAUGAUACUUUA